AUGACCAUCCACGCCGAAGGUCUCGUGGCUAUUGUGAUUUUCUAUGUCCUGAUUCUGUUUGUGGGUAUUUGGGCUGCGUGGAAGAACAAGAACUCUGGCGUUGGAGAUGGCGGAGAUCGAAGUGAAAGCAUCAUGGUCGGGGGAAGGGACAUCGGAUUGUUUGUUGGUGGAUUUACAAUGACCGCCACCUGGGUGGGUGGGGGCUACAUCAAUGGGACGGCAGAAUAUGUCUACCUUCCAGACUACGGACUGGCUUGGGCACAGGCACCCUUUGGUUACGCCCUCAGCCUAGUCGUUGGUGGCCUUUUCUUUGCCAAACCCAUGCGUUCCCGUGGAUACGUCACCAUGCUGGAUCCCUUCCAGCAGCUCUAUGGACAAAGGAUGGGGGGGCUGCUCUUUAUCCCUGCACUUAUGGGAGAAAUCUUCUGGUCUGCAGCCAUUUUAUCAGCCCUGGGUGCUACUCUGAGUGUGAUUGUGGACAUAGACAUCAACAUAUCUGUGGUGAUUUCAGCCCUGAUAGCUAUCUUCUACACUCUUGUUGGAGGGCUUUAUUCUGUUGCAUACACAGAUGUGGUCCAGCUCUUCUGUAUCUUUCUGGGCUUGUGGAUCAGUGUGCCUUUUGCCCUAUCAAAUCCUGCUGUGUCAGACAUCGGUGUUACAGCUAAGGAAGAAGUCUACCAGUCACCCUGGCUGGGGAAGAUUGAGCCUGAGGACAAAUGGCUUUGGGCAGACAAUUUCUGUUUGUUGAUUUUGGGGGGGAUUCCCUGGCAGGUCUAUUUUCAAAGGGUUCUCUCUGCCUCUUCAGCUACCUAUGCCCAGGUCCUUUCCUUCCUCGCUGCGUUUGGCUGCUUGGUCAUGGCCGUCCCCUCUGUCCUCAUAGGAGCUAUAGGGGCCUCCACUGAUUGGAACCAGACUACUUAUGGCUCGCUCCCUCCAAAGGACAAAGAUCAGUCAGACAUGAUCCUUCCCAUAGUGCUUCAGCACCUCUGCCCACCCUACAUCUCCUUCUUUGGUCUGGGGGCAGUAUCAGCUGCCGUCAUGUCGUCUGCAGACUCUUCCAUUCUCUCAGCGAGUUCCAUGUUUGCUCGGAACAUCUACCAGCUUGCAUUUCGGCAGUCGGCCUCCGAUCGGGAGAUUGUUUGGGUGAUGCGCCUCACAAUCUUUGUAUUUGGAGCUCUUGCCACUGCUAUGGCGUUGUUAACAGGAUCAGUGUAUGGCCUCUGGUACCUAAGCUCUGACUUGGUCUACGUCAUCAUCUUUCCCCAACUUCUCAGUGUUUUAUUCGUCAAAGGCACCAACACCUACGGUUCUGUGGCUGGCUAUAUCUUCGGUCUGUUGCUGCGCAUUGGUGGAGGGGAGCCCUACCUAAAGCUUCCUCCUUUUAUCUACUUCCCUGGUUGGGUCAUCCAGAAUAAGACCCACCAUCUCACUGGGGAGGUGGAGCACUUUGUCCAGCAGAGGUUUCCAUUCAAGUCGGUUUCCAUGGUGGCAUCCUUCCUGGCAAAUGUGGCCUUUUCUUACCUGACAAAGUACCUGUUUGAAAGCGGCAUGUUGUCACACAAGUAUGACUUCCUGGAUGCUGUGGUGUCCAAGCAUAGCAAGGAGAUCAUGGACAAAACUACUCUGGUGGGCAACCAUGACAACAUCAUUCUGUCAGAGAUGGCACCUGUCAACCAGACCUUGGGAGCAUCACUGGCCGGCACAUUUACUAACACUGAGAUCCUCAGUGAUGAUGGGCCUUCGAGUCCUGAUUCUUUUCACACUGAGGACUAGGCAACAAAGGCACAAAGAAAAUUGUAACCGAACAAGAAGGAAUGAUCAGAGAGGCAUCGUCAUUCUUCAGGAAACUUGUUACUGCCGCACUGGAAGCCAAACCCACAGAUAUCGGUUGUGGCUUCCAAGUGAUUCUACAAGUUUGCUCAAUGCUGAUGACAUGGUGCCUCCUUUGUUUUUUUAACCCCCUGUACAUGGAACCAAGAGGUGGACUAUCAUCAGCUUUAUCAGGCAUACCAUUGUCAUUCUUGUUUUGUUUCGACUGUGAAUCUAUGAUGACCACAACCAUUUCCAUUUCAGUGCUGCUAUGGUGUUCAGAGGGAGAUUCAGAUAAAAAAGCUUGAUAUGGUAAACUUUUAGGGGAUCAUAUGAAUAGUGCAAUAUCUAACCAGGUCUCCACGUCUUCACAGCAGUGUCUGUGU